AAGUCUGGCGUUUUGUUUUUCGGAUUUUUAUGAAUUUAGGCAAUUUUGGCGUUGUUUUUGGCGUUUUGUUAAUUUUUGGCAUUUUGUCCUUAUUAUUGGAAUUUUUAUUGAUUUUUUGGCAUUUUGUCCUUAUUAUUAGAAUUUUUAUGAAUUUUAGCACUAAUUUUGGCAUUUUUAUCGAUUUUUUGGCAUUUUGUCCUUACUAUUGGAAUUUUAAUGGAUUUUGGCAUUUUAUCGCUAAUUUUGGCAUUUUAUCGAUUUUUUGGCAUUUUGUCCUUACUAUUAGAAUAAUUAUUUAUUUUCAAGUUUCCUCACCAAUUUGUGACCAAAAACAUCCUCUACUACCAUUCCUCGAAGACAAAGCAUUAUCAACGUCUACAACAACCAAUUUAAUAAUACCAACAUCCCCUCCCCCUCCCCCAUGUUCUUCUUCUGCCUCUGCCUUUUCCCCUCCUCCAACUUCCCCAAUAAAUCGAAAACGUUCAACAACAAAAAUUACAAAAAUAUCCAGCGCUACAGAAAAAGAAUUAAAUUUAGACGAAGAAUUUGGUAGUGGGGAGGAAGAUGAAGAAGAAGAAAAUAAUGAAGAGGAAGGGGAAAAUAAAUUGAAGGGGGGAGAGGGGAAGAGAUUUGCAAAACCACGUUAUUCCUAUAAUGCGUAA